GAAGGCAGGAGCUCUCCUAUUUGUAUUGGUGUGUUAGUUUACAAUAUUGUCUUACAUGACAUGCCACAGCAUUACGUAAAGUUCCGUAACUACAGUAGAUCAUUUAAGAGCGGUUUAAUGGGAAAAGAGUAGGCAAGCUAGAAGAAACCAGGAGCUGUGAGAUAGGUGCAUGGACGGACAAUAUCCAAAAGGAAAAAAAAGCAGGUUAUGACAAAGAAUGAGUCACUUAUCGCUGUUAUUCAGGGCUGUGCUUCUGCUACUAUAGACUACACACACACACACACACACACACACACACCUACUUUGGUUAGGACGUGGAUAGACAGUCCACCUCGCGCGUGUCAUGUCUGCAUGGCUGUUGUAAACGGCUCCGCAUCGUUCCGGAGUCGUUUAUGAAUGAAGUGUUUUUCACAUAAGGCAGAAACAUGGCCAGGUUCGGCGGGAAGGACUGCUGGUGAACCCGCGCGCACCGGAGCGCAUAGUUGGCUGACGCUUCGGAUUCUUCGUCAGUUACUUUUCGGCCAUCAACUUGUCUCCGUGCGUCGCUGCUUUUGCAUCCGCUGAAUCGACUGAAAUGGAUACGUCUAAACGAAUGCUGAUUUUAUACCUAACCUGCUCGUUGGGACCCAUGCUGUCUAUCCAGAUGUGCGAGAUCAUGUGGGAGCUGGAAGCGGAGAAAAGGGAAUGUUUGUCCAAGCUGGAAAACAUCACGUCAGGUUGCACAGGUGAAUGGGAUUUAGCAUGCUGGCCAUCAGCUAGGAUUGGGGAGUUGGUCACCAUCCCCUGUCCAAAUUACUUUAGCCAUGUCAGUGAUCAGAGAGGAAACAUAUCGAAGAGCUGUACUGCCGAUGGCUGGACAGAAAUAAACACAGCUGUCGUUGCUUUUAACUGUGGCUAUGACCCCAAUAUCACAGAGGAUGGAAACAUGGGUGAAUUCCUGGGCUCUGUGAGAACUGGGUACACUGUUGGUCACACUGUGUCUCUCAUAUCCCUCAUCAUUGCCAUCGUCAUUCUGUGCUUUUUCAGAAAACUCCACUGCACAAGGAACUACAUCCACAUUCACCUGUUCAUGUCCUUUAUACUGAAGGCUGUGGCUGUAAUUAUGAAAGAUGUAGUCCUGUAUGAGGUGGAGGAACCUGAUGACUGCCACUAUGAAUCUGUGGGCUGCAAGGCUGCCAUGGUUUUCUUCCAGUACGGCGUGAUGGCCAGUUUCUUCUGGCUACUAGUGGAGGGUCUGUAUCUGCAUGCUCUUCUGGCCGUAUCCUUCUUCUCUGAGAGGAAGUACUUCUGGUGGUACAUUCUCAUUGGCUGGGGAGUUCCAGGUGUCUUCAUAACAAUCUGGAGCAUCACAAAAGCUUAUUUACAUGAUAUUGGAUGUUGGGAUAUUAUCGACGAUGAUCUGUGGUGGAUUAUUAAAACCCCUAUAUUGGUAACAAUACUGAUGAACUUCAUUCUCUUCAUUUGUAUCAUCCGGAUACUUCGGCAGAAAAUCAGUUGCCGGGAUAUCGGGAGAAACGAGUCACACCAGUACUCGAGACUGGCAAAAUCGACUUUACUUUUGAUUCCCCUGUUCGGGAUAAACUACAUAAUCUUUGCCUUCAUGCCUCAUCACAUCAAGUCUUAUGUGCGUUUGGUGUUUGACUUGAUCCUGGGGUCUUUUCAGGGAUUCUGUGUCGCUGUCCUGUACUGUUUUCUAAACGGAGAGGUCCAGUCUGAGAUCAAACGAAAGUUUAGGCGGUGGCACAUGCAGAGAUUUCUGGGAGCAGACACCAAAUACCAGCAGCCCUCCAUGGCAAGCAACGGCCUGAACUUUAGCUCCCAAAUCACCAUGAUGACAAAAAGCAGCCCCUCCACGCGCCGCGCUUCCGCCUGUCAAGAUGACUUCUCUGCCGUCUGAGCGCUGAGUGAUGCUCCGUCUGAGACGAGACGCAGAAACCAGUCUGGGCUCUACGCACACAGAAAGGGUUCCCCCCCCGGACCACCUCCAUCAUCUGCAGGUUGCUCGUUCCAGUAGGAACGUGAGGGAAACCGUGCAGCUCGUGAAUCAUAGGAUGUAUAACACACAUCAAUCGGGAGAGAAAUACUGUAUGCAAGUAAAAUGGACUCUGAUUGUGUUUCACCACACUACCGACUCAAGCUGGCUUCAUAAGGACGCAAUAUUGUUGCUGAGAAGACUCGUCGGAUUGAUGGUCCACAUCCAUUGAUGCGUUUUUUUGUACACAACAACGCAGACAUUAAUCUUCAGCGUUAGAGUUGGUAUCUGUUAGCUUUUGCUUUUUUUUCCCCAUGCCCUCAUUAUGCUGCUCAAGAUUUCUCAGUCUCUUAAUAAUCUGUAAAGCUGAACGGUGACCUUUCGGGUCUCUAGUGACCAGGUUUUAUUUUUAUCUUCUUCCUUAUUCCAGGAAAAAACGUGAUGUGAUUUAGACAGUCUGACAUUCUGGUUUUGCAUCCGUGUCAUGUGCCUGCGUGUCUGUGGACAUGUGGACAAACACAAGCGACUCUCAUGGAGAGCCAUAAAAGCAUGUUUACUUGUGCGGCAGAAAUAGUGCGUCAUGCUUUAUGUUUUAUAAUAGUGAUUUAUGGUGUAAUUGUAUAGUUGCGCGUGAAAAUGUACGUGGGUUGUGUAACUGUGCACUUGUCUCGCAAAAACAAUCGCAAAAGAUGCAUUUUUAGGGGAGGAUUUUUAGUGUGAAGUCUUUUUAGCUGUCAUAAGUACAUGUGGUGUUAGUCGUAGUUGCUGGCAUGAAAACAGUUGCAUGCACGGUUCUUGUACCUCGUUGUGAAUAAGACGAACGUUUACGAGAAAGAGUUUUGUCGCUGUUUUUGGAAAGUGUAUUGUGGAUGUUGUCGUCGAAAGUAUACGGAUCAAUUUAUUACAUUAGAUCUUAGUACGCCUUUUAUCUUUAUAUAAAAAUAUUUAUAUGCUGUUUAGAGAAAAUUCGAGAUUUUUCUAUUAAAUUAUGCAUUAUUUUUAUUUUAACAAAUGAUCUCUAUCACCAGCGUGCAAUUUAAUUUGUUUUCUCUAUUGUGUUUUAUUUUACUUUUUUGAUUUCAUCUAAGUUUAUCCAUCCAUCCCUCCAUCCAUCCGGCAUGCAUUCGUAAGCACACGUCUACUAAUUCUGGCAUUAAUUCAAUCACAAUAGCAACUGCUUUGUUUUCAUAUAUUGUGGAUUUCGGAUUUCAUAAAACAGAGACAUCGCUAUUAGGACGACAAUCACAUCUUGAGCAAGGAUGAUAAAGCGAGAGAAACCAGAGCCAGUGGAAGGUGAAGGAGAUCUCACUUUGUUUACCUCCCAUCUAAAACACAUCUGUCAUUUAUUUAUCUACCAAAUCCCUUGUUAAACUAUUCUCGUAACUCUCCC